AUGCGGUUCACAAAGAGCCCCAUUUAUCUGCUUGCCGCGUCUUCACUUCUCUUCACCAGCGCAUUUGCGGCCGACAGCGCAGCAAUGACCUUGCCAGGGCCCUUACCCACACCGGAUGCAGCGAAGCAAUCUAGCGAUAUAAACGAUGAAUCGCCCUUAAACCCAGAACCUGAGCUUAAAAAACGUGCCAUUGUCGACGCGCCGCCUGAUUCAGUGCCAAAAGUACCUACGCAGGUCUCUCCGGUUAUGACGGUUUGGGUCCAAGGAGUUCAAGUGCUAUACACGCAGACAUUCCCACCUACGCCUGACCCAUGGCCGGCUCCCAAGAGUGGAGAAAUCGGCCUGGGUACUUUGAAGGGGGAGAUCGGGAAGACGACCACGAUCAAGGCCCGCAGCCUUCCCACAGACGGUCCAGAGGCGAUGUUUGCGCGCCAGUGUCGAACGCUUGAGUGCCGCAAGAACGUAGAAAAUCUGGAUAAACGCGAUGAAGAGAGUGAUGCCUGA